GUACGUGUUGCCCAUUGCCACGAGUACGAUGAUCGCUCUGUGUGUCAGCAGGGUGCGCUUCUAUGCGUUCGCUGCCAUAACAGUGCUCCUGGUGCUAGUUGCAAUGACGGGAGUGCAAGCCCGUUGCCCUCCCAGGCGACAGGGUCUCUUGAGUACCUGCGUCUACACCGAGUGUUCCCCCGCGGAGUGCGCCGCCGCUGGUAUGGAGUGCUGCCCGAAACCAUGCGGUGGAAGCUGGUGCGUCAAAGGCACAGGACCGCCAUCAGAAUACCCAGAGACCUGCCCACCAGCCUUUAAUUGGGCCCCGAACUGCGCAGCACCCAGGAAUAAUACGACUUGUGAACAACUGAACUGCUCCAGGCAGGGCUCCAUCUGCUGCCGCAAUAGCUGCAAGGAAAACUACUGCUACCAAAUACCUGGGACUUCCAAGUGAGGCCCUCGGUCACCGCUAGACACGCCAAGCCUCUUCUCGACACGGCAUC